UUCUCAUGACUUAGUCAAUUGUAUAUAUAUAUUAAAGAUGGACGGGAUCCUUUCAUUCGAAAAUGAUUACUUUAUACUGGAAAAGCUCAUUGAAAAUGGCAUUGACAAAUCUGCAAUGGAAGGAUGGUUAAAUCCAGAGACAUUCCGUAAGGUUGAUUUAUUUGCAGCAGUCAAGGAAUCUGUUUGGAAAAAGUCUAUUUAUCACCAUUCAUCACAUGUUGACUGUGACUGUAUAUUGUUUGCACAUACUCAAAACCACACAAUAGUAGAAGAAGUUCUGCAAUAUUUUAAGAGAGUAUUGCUCCGAUAUGAACCCAAAAUUGAAAUUUAUCAACGACAUUUAUGGACACCUAUAAACGACUCUUGUGGCUCAUUGCAGUUCAAAACGGGAAGUCAAAAAACAGUUUCGGCAGCAAUGGGGUUUCUGUUAGUGACGUCAGAGUUUUGUGCUGACGAAUGGCCUAUUUUGGCUGGACAACCUUUCUUUCAAGAAGCUAUGUACAGUAAAAAUGUCACCAUUGUUCCCAUUCUGAUACACAACCCUAAGAAAGCGAAAUACAAAAUUCCCAUGGGAAUUAAGAGCUUAAGAUCUAUAGAGUUUUUCAGCAAAGACGACAUUCUGUGUCAAGAUUCCGUCAUUAACAUUCUCCAGCCUGUGGUUAAAAAACGGCUGCGGAAUGAGAAAGAAAAACUGAAGGAUAAUAUCAAAUGGUUGUACGAAAACAUCAUAUGUAAACUGGCUUUGAGAAAUGGAAAUGGAGAUUCUUGGUUCUGGAGGUUUAGCUCGCCUGGACAGAAAAACCCAGAUUCGAAAUAUACAAAUAAUGAUUCUUUUCAUUAUGCAAAUCAACCAUACAAUAAUUUUCACUCAUCAAAUGCAAAGAAAAAUGGAUCUACACAUCAUGGAAGUGUACCAGACUCGGCAUACGCCAGUAACGAAAGCAAUGAUGAUUUAAAGUCGAGCCCAUUACACGGUUUUCAUCAUUCUGAAUUGUGCAGAAAUACAUCUCGUUCCCCAGUUGAACAUUCUUUACCAAAUACCAGAGAGGAGAUAAAGUCGCGAACGACACAAGGACAUUCCUCAAGGGAAUGCAAUGUUGGCUGGAGUCGGUCGGAAUCAAGCAAGUCGGACAGUUCCUCAUCCCCAAUUAGCAUGAAAGGGGCACCUGACCUCAACUUUUCCUCCCUGGAAUCCCGGGUAUCCGAAUCAUCGAAACAUCGGCGUCCGAAUCGGUCUGAAAACUCUCCAAAGUACUCGUCCACGAUAAAAACAACACAAGAUUCAUCAUCUUAUGCCUCACAACAAAACAUCACGGGUAUUCAGGUGCAAUCUUCUCCAAGAAACAAACCGAACACAGUUGGUAAUAAUAUAAAUGGAAAAGUGACCGCAAAUCAAAAUAGCACAGACAAGCAUGAAUCAACUAAACCUGAAUUAAACAUUUCAAUUAAUAAAAAAGUGCCAUACGACUUGCCAGUUGCGAUAGAAGUCGAGUGUAGGAGCUUUGGAAAUUUAUCCACUCAAGACGUGAGAAGCACGCCACAGUCACGUGCUCAAGAUUCGUCAUCAGUUCAUGAAUCAAACUUGUCAAACCAUUCUGUCAACUCGUCAUCAAUUCGUCAAAACAGCGAAAUCAUUUUUGCAAAAACUUCCGAUCCAAAUAAAGAUCUACCCAAUCCUGUACCUAUAAAUGCAAAUAAUAUAUCGUGGAACAUCAGUACAAACUUAAGCUCAAAUCAUUCGCCUAGAUCAGCAAAUGAAAGAAGUGGGACUUCUUCAUCCUCUGGAAUAUUUGACCAUAAUCAAGGUCAUAUCCAUCCACAGCCUCAACCAAUUAACUCAUUUCCAUCUGGAGAAGUACAUUUCUCUACUAACUCCUACACAUCUGCUGUUUCAGGAGAAAUAAACUGCGAAUCAUCAAGAAAUUCUUUCCUUUCUUCGUCAAACAUUUCUUCGUGUGAGACAAGUUCAUUGAGAAGAACAAUGCAACAGCCCAUGCCCCAAGAGAUCAGCUUGACAAGCUUUCCCGCUGAAGGAGAGCUGAGCAAUGACCUGAAUUCUAAAGCGUCUUUUACCCCGGUGUCUGAUGUCACACAACUAGCCCUCGGUUGCCUGCGACCUUCAGACAGCUUCAAAGACAGUUAUCGAUCAUUUGUCCACUCUGAACCCGACUCCGGAAGGCCUGUUGGAGUGGUGAGACCAUUCUCUAUGCAAGAGGAAAACGACGAAGAUGAAAACGAAUAUAGCAAUGAUUUAUCUCUUUUCAGGGCAAUGUCUGAAGAGACAUACGUAAAACGAUCAUAGUAAUCUAGAUAAAUCUUGAAUGGUGGUAUAGUCCUGUUUGAAAAAGCAUAAUACUUACACCAAGUUCAUCGCCAAAAAUCACUUUUAAACAGUUUAACAAUUACGUACUAGUAUAUUUAUGAUCUGGGAGGGGUUCUUUUGUACAUAUAUCAUGGUAAAAUGGUUAGAAAUUGGGCAUUAAAAACGUUAAUAUAGUUUACAUGAAAACAACAGCCUGCAAAUUUUGACAUACGGUACUUUUGUUAAGCUUCAAACCACGCCCACAAAGGUAUUGUUGUAGAUAGUGUACAAAUGAACAUAGAACUAAUCUACAGUGUAUUUAUAACAUAGAACUAAUCUACAGUGUAUAGUGAUGUAUUUGUAACAUAAAACUAAUCUACAGUGUAGUGAUGUAUUUGUAACGCUUUAAGAUAUUUCAGAACAUUAUGGCAUUGCUUAUUUGGAUGAAUUGCAGUUUUGUAAUGUAACGCUGUAAUAGAUCUAGUAUAAAAUAAAGUUUACUGUAAACUA